AGCCUGGUUUUCUGUGCCACGCCUCCAGUCUCAAAUGUUGCAGUAAAACACUCGUCCCUUAGCAAAUAAGACUGCUACUUCCGAGGACGGAGAAUACGACGAAGGCGUUUCGGGGUGACCAGGAUUCUGCAUAAACGAAUUACGCAAAAUGCUGCCCCAAGACUUGAAGCAGAUCAGAGUGCUGAUACUCAAUGACAAAGAAAAUUUAGAGAGGACCCUAUUCAGACUUGAUCAAGGUUUUGAGCUCCAGUUCCGUCUGGGUCCAAGUCUUCAGGGCAGGAGAGUUACAGUGCAAACCAACUACCCGCCUGAAGGACAGCGGUUUGAACGAAACACUUUCCGGGUUUUAACCUGGAACAACCCAACAGGACGUGAGGAUGACUCUGACAAGUUUUGCCUUCUGGAUAUCAAGGUGGCCGGUUCUUAUCAGUACUGCUUUGGAUUUGGAGAUGCAGAGAAAUCUGGAGGAGGCUACUUUGUUGUCAACCCAAUUCUUCGUGUUGGAUCAGAGAACCGCGUCCUCCCAUUAGACUGCAUCAGCAUUCAGACCUAUUUAUCCAAGUGUUUGGGUCACCUCGAUGACUGGCCAGCCAGAUUGCAAGUUGCAAAGGAGUCAGGGUACAACAUGAUCCAUUUCACGCCUUUGCAGACGCUAGGAGAAUCCAGGUCAUGUUACUCCUUGGCAGACCAGCUUACCUUUAGCCCUGAGUUCAGCCCAGAUGGCCAAAACUAUAGCUGGACAGAUGUGAGGGCAUUGGUGGAGAAGUUGAAGAAAGAAUGGAACAUACUGUGUAUAACUGAUGUGGUGUACAACCACACUGCCGCUAAUAGCAAGUGGAUCCGAGAGCAUCCAGAAUGUGGUUACAACCUGGUGAACUCUCCCCAUCUACGUCCAGCCUGGAUCUUGGACAGAGCUAUCUGGCAUUUAACCACUAGAAUCGUAGACGGACGGUACAAGGACAGUGGCCUUUCUGCUAAUAUCACCAAUAAAAAUCAACUGAAUGAGAUCCGAAGUGUGCUGUGGCAGGAUGUGUAUCCUCGGAUCAAACUGUGGGAGUUCUACCAGGUCAAAGUGGACAGCGCUGUGGAGCAGUUCAGAACUCUCUUACAAAAUGGUGCGAAACCAGACCAUAAUAAGACUGGAGGAAAAAAUGGCCUGAUCAUCAUCCAGGACCCUGGUUGGCGACGUUAUGGCAACUCAGUGGACAUGAACUCUGCUCUUGAAACUUUUGUACCUCACAGUUUUUCCCCACAGCACAUAGAGGAAUGCUGCCAUUUGUUGCGACAGAAGUUGAACCAGCUUAAUGAGGAACAACUGCACAUUGUGCAUCAGCAUCAAGAACAGGCAGCCAACUGCAUUGUGGGAAAUGUAAUGUAUGAGCGCCUGGCAGAACAUGGACCCAAAUUAGGCCCUGUUAGCAAGAAGAACCCUCUUGUUACCAGGUAUUUCACCUUCCCAUAUCAAGAUAUGACUCUGGAGCAUGAGAUGCAGAUGCUGGAUGAACCAGACAAGACAUGUCACUUCCUGGCUUUCAAUGGUUGGGUGAUGGGGGAUGAUCCUCUGCGCAACUUUGCUGAGCCAGGAUCCAAUGUCUACAUUCGGCGGGAGUUGAUAUGCUGGGGCGACAGUGUCAAACUUCGCUAUGGCAAAGGACCUGAAGACUGCCCUUUUCUGUGGGCUCACAUGAAGAAAUACACUGAAAUAACCGCCAAAUAUUUUCAUGGGGUCAGACUGGAUAACUGCCACUCUACACCAUUACAUGUUGCAGAGGCCAUGCUUGAUGCAGCAAGAGUGGUCAGGCCCAAUUUGUAUUUGAUAGCCGAAUUGUUUACAGGCAGCGAAAUCAUUGACAAUGUAUUCGUGAAUCGGCUGGGAAUUAGCAGCCUUGUAAGAGAGGCCAUGUCAGCUGGUGAUAGCCACGAAGAGGGCAGAUUGGUCUAUCGUUAUGGUGGGGAACCAGUUGGAGCGUUUGUUCAGCCAAGUCUUCGCCCACUGAUGCCCUGCAUUGCACAUGCCAUGUUCCUUGAUGUAACCCAUGACAACGAAUGUCCUAUACAGCUGCGUUCAGCCCUGGACUCUCUUUCGAGUUCUGCUAUGGUCUCAAUGGCCUGCUGUGCUACUGGCUCUACCCGAGGAUAUGAUGAAUUAGUACCACAUCAAAUUUCUGUUGUUAAAGAGGAGCGUUUUUACCCCAAGUGGAACCCUUCAGCCUCCCCGACCUCCGCCAGCGAGGUUGGACCGCAGACUGGCAUCAUUGCUGGGAAACUCGCACUCAAUAAGAUGCAUCAAGAACUGGCUGCUCAGGGGUUCAUACAGGUAUAUGUGGACCAGGUUGAUGAAGAUAUUGUUGCCAUUACUCGCCACUGUCCCAGCACCCAUCAGUCAGUGGUGGCAGUGUGUAGAACAGCUUUCAAGAACCCCAAAACACACCAGUACAGCACUGAUAUACCACCAAUGUUCAUACCAGGGAAAAUUGAAGAGGUGGUAUUGGAAGCAAGGACAGUGGAAAGACAUACUGAGAGUUUCAAAAAGGAUGACAACUACAUCAAUGGGAUGCCUGAAUACACAGUCGAGAUUAAGGAGCAUAUUCCAUUACAGGAGAGCUCAGUGGUGAAUGAAGCUGGUGUGACAUCUAAAGGUCGAUCAGAGUUUGUACAGGAAAUCAGCUUUCGGAAUCUGACACCGGGAAGUGUCAUUGCCUUCAGGGUAAGUUUGGACCCCAAAGCCCAGAAGUUGGUUGGGGCACUCCGGUAUUUUCUGUCCCAAUUCAGCCUAAAAUACAGAAAAGGCAGUAUAGCAGAUGAGAACCCAUCUGAAGUCCUGAAGAUGCCUUUGGCACAGCUGAUGUCAAAGUUAACCCUAGCAGACAUGAAUGUGCUGCUAUUUCGCUGCGAUUCCGAAGAACAAGAAGACGGAGGAGGUUGUUACAAUAUUCCAGAAUGGGGAACUUUUAAAUAUGCAGGCCUCCAAGGUCUGAUGUCAGUUUUGGCUGAUAUUCGUGCCAACAAUGACCUGGGCCAUCCUGUGUGUUCUAACCUCAGACAAGGUGACUGGCUAAUGGAAUAUAUUGCCAAUAGACUUAAACAUAGGGAAGGACCUCUGGCACAGGUUGGACAGUGGCUGGAGGCCAUGUUUUCUUAUCUGAAGCAUAUCCCACGCUAUCUCAUUCCAUCUUACUUUGAUGCUAUCCUUGUAUCAACUUUCACCACAGCUCUGGAUGCAACUUACAAACUCAUGUCAAGUUUCAUACAGAGAGGCUCAAGCUUUGUACGACACUUGGCGUUGGCUUCACUUCAGAUGUGUGGAGUCGGACGCUUCCCUGCCCUUCCUGCUCUUUCGAAGAAAAUUGACAACGUUCCGUAUUGCAUCAGCCCAAUAACUGGCCAGAAAGAGCAGUGCUGUGUGACAGUGGCUGCAGGUCUUCCUCAUUUCUCAACUGGAAUUUUCCGUUGCUGGGGCAGAGACACUUUUAUUGCUCUCAGAGGACUGAUGCUGCUCACUGGGAGACACACCGAAGCCCGAAACAUCAUCUUGGCCUUCGCAGGGACAUUACGUCAUGGUUUAAUUCCAAAUCUGCUUGGAGAGGGUCGCUUUGCCAGAUACAACUGUCGUGAUGCUGUGUGGUGGUGGCUGCAGUGCCUCCAGGAUUAUGCCCGCCAUGUUCCGCAAGGACAUUGUAUCCUCCAGUCUCCUGUCACGCGCAUGUACCCAACUGAUGAAAGUGAGCCCUGCACACCAGGAGACGUGGAGCAGCCUCUUUAUGAUGUGAUCCAAGAGAUUCUGCAGCGCCACCUCGAGGGAAUUUCCUUCAGAGAGAGAAAUGCUGGACCCAAGAUAGAUAUGAACAUGAGAGACGAAGGGUUCAAUGUGGUUAUUAACGUCGAUCCAGCAACAGGCUUUGUCCAUGGAGGAAACCGCUUUAACUGUGGUACCUGGAUGGAUAAAAUGGGAGAGAGUGAGAGAGCAAGAAACAAAGGCAUACCGGCUACUCCCAGAGAUGGAGCAGCUGUGGAGAUAAUUGGUCUCAGUAAGUCAGCCAUCCGCUGGAUUGUGGAGCUACACAGCAAAGGGCUGUUUCCUUAUGAUGGAGCGAAAGUUCACAGAAAUGGUGAAGAGGUGUUUAUCUCAUACGUCAAAUGGAAUGAACAGAUCCAGCAGUCCUAUGAGCCAUGUUUCUGGGUGUCCGGUGAGCCAUUGGACCCCAAUGAGAAGCAUUCUGACCUUGUACACAAAAAAGGUAUCUAUAAGGACAGUUAUGGAGCAUCAAGCCCCUGGUGUGACUACCAACUGAGACCAAACUUUACUAUUGCCAUGGUCGUGGCUCCAGAACUUUUUACAGUGGAAAGGGCCUGGAAGGCUCUUGAAAUGGCUGAGGAGAAAUUACUCGGACCCCUUGGAAUGAAAACCCUUGACCCUGAUGAUAUGGUCUACUGUGGUGUGUAUGACAAUGCACUGGACAAUGACAACUAUAAUGUAGCAAAGGGCUUCAACUACCAUCAAGGACCGGAGUGGCUUUGGCCUGUUGGAUACUUCUUGCGUGCUAAACUGCACUUUGCCAAAAUGCUUGGCGAAAAAACGUAUGCCAAGACGGUGACCCUGGUCAAAAAUGUUCUUUCACGACAUUACACUCAUCUGGAGAGGUCUCCAUGGAAAGGUUUGCCAGAGUUAAUGAACGAGAAUGGCCAGCACUGCCCGUUUAGCUGUGAGACUCAAGCAUGGUCUUUGGCUUCUCUGCUGGAAGUACUGUAUGACUUCUAGAAAACUUCUGCAAGGCCAUUUCCAACAUCUCUUUUACUCUGUGCUACAGUUGAAAAGAGUGUGUUAAAUUGUUUUGGCUGUUUAAUCCAAAUAAUCCGGAUCUAACAUACACUCUGAAAGGCCUGAGCCACCCCAGACUCACUGCCUCUUCCCAUUUUAAUUGAAAACAGUUGCCACUGUCCCAGAACAUGGCAAAGAAGUUGCCGUGCAUCUAAUUUUCUGAACAUACAAUGCCACAAUUUCUGUGUGAACACUCAUAUGCCAUUGUCAGUGAGAAAUAGAAACUGAAUAUAACAGAACAGAAUAGAAAGUGUUUGUUGUCAUUGUAUACAAAGCUGACAAAUUUUACGGAAUGUCUGUAUUUUGUUACAGAAAUCACCUGAUUCCGAAACAUAUCCAGAACGAUGAUCCUUCUGGAUAUUUAAAAAAAAAAUAAUCCGCAAGUCCAUUCUGUGUUCAUGACAAUUUUGAACACAAGUGCUGUUUACGGUUGCGUUAAUCAUUCAACAGUACAUAAGAAUUCUUAUUGUGCAUUACCAGCAGUCAUUCUAAACCGGGGUCUCAUGACUUUAUAUCAGGUAGUGUUUUCUUUUUCAUGUGCGGUGGGUCCGAUGAUUAACCUGACUGUUAACUGACCAAGUUUUAGUUCGCAUUGUCGGUCAACACUAAUCUAAUUAUGUGUGAAUACAAAUUUUGUUCAUUGAAGGAAUAUCAUCGAACGUUUUUCGACACAAUAAUCACAACACUUUACACUCAGACUUGAUGUCUGUCGAGCCAUGUGUUGCAACAAGCACGUCUCAUUUAUUAGUAGCUAGCAAGCUAAGUGAGCUUGAAAGGCUUCGACCACGUAUAGCCAAAAACGAGUUCAUCCAGGAACAAUUUAAUGAACGUUUUACACGAUGAAAGUAAUGAUCUGGCUUCAUUUGACCGGCUUCGUUCGUAUCUCACUGAGCUGCGCAUUUGCGCACGUAAUGUUUUUUCAUCAGGGUUCCUAGAAGGUUGCAAACCAUUGAAAAAGGUUUCAAGCAUUUUUUCUUGUCGCAAAGAAAUUUAACAUGUUAAAAUGUCUGCAACAAGAAAAACUGUUUGUGACCAUUAAAACUGUUGCCGAUUGUCUGACGAACGCCUUUGCGACUGUUUGCGACCUUGAACGAACGCUGACAAAAAAAUCUACGUUCAGCCCACGCGCACUCACCAACCUCUGCGGCCCCAAGAAGUUACAGGCUCAAAUUGAAUAAAUGGCUAAACGGAAGAAAGCCAUUGAUCCUGUGUGCUGUCUCAGAAGAGUGGUCACACUCUCCUGAGCCUCUUCAUUUUGCCUCACUGAGAUGGGAGAACCACAGAAAGAGUGGUGAGUGAGAGGGCUGAGGCACAAUCAGACUGCCAGGCUAAGAGUCACACCAACAGUCAACUUAGUGUUUUUUUGACGGAGGAAGCCAGAGGUAGCAGAAAGAACAGGAAAGCAAAGUAAAUAUGCAUGCACAAAGGCAAAAAUACAUCAUUCACAUAACGGCGGACAAUGAAUGCAGAAUAUCUUAAUAUAGUGCAACAUUACCCUGACCCUAAUUGCUUUGUACCAUACAGGUGUGUAUAUGAUAAAAAAAAUAAAACAAAUUCCGUACUGCAAGUGAAUUACCCGUCAAAUUUGUGUUCACACAUUUAGAUCAGAUGUCCUCAUUAGUCCUUGGUCCAUUGUUGUCCUUGUCAAAAUUCACUUUCGCUCUGUUACUUUUAACUGUACUACGAGCCAUUUGUAGCAGCUUUUAUGCUCACACAACCUAAUGAAAAAGUCACCUAAAUUUACCUGUACUGUAUUCAAUAAUGCAUUAAAAAAUUGAUAAAUGCU